UGCCUGAGUGAGCAAGCGGCCCAGGAGGAGCAGAGGAGGUGACAGCAGCUGCGUUGAAGGAGGCACAGCCAGGGGCUGUGGGCAUGUGGGUCCGGCAGGUGCCUUGGUCACUCACCUGGACUGUGUUGCUGUUGAGCUGUCAAUCAGGGUGGCUUCUAGAGGUCCUCAACGAACCCUGGAGGCCUCUCACCUUCUCCCCAGCCUGGCUCACAGUGUCGGAGGGAGCAAAUGCCACCUUCACCUGCAGUUUCUCCAAUUGGUCUGAGGACCUUAUGCUGAACUGGUACCGCCUGAGCCCCAGCAACCAGACUGUGAAGCUGGCCGCCUUCUGCAAGGGCUCCAGCCAGCCGGUCCAGGAUGCCCGCUUCCAGAUCACACAACUGCCCAACGGGCAUGACUUCCACAUGAACAUCCUCGCCACACGACGCAAUGACAGUGGCAUCUACCUCUGUGGGGCCAUCGCCCUGCCCCCCAAGACACAAAUCAAGGAGAGCCCUGGAGCAGAGCUCGUGGUAACAGAGAGAAUUCUGGAGACGCCAACAAGAUACCCCAGCCCAUCACCCAGGCCAGCAAGCCAGUUUCAAGGCUUGGUCAUCGGUAUCCUGAGCGCCCUAGUGGGUAUCCCCGUGUUGCUGCUGCUAGCCUGGGUCCUAGCUGCCUUCUGCUCAACAGGUAUGUCAGAGGCCAGAGAAGGUGGAAGCAAGGAAAAACCUCUGGAGGAGGACCCUUCAGUUGCACCUGUCUUCAGUGUGGCCUAUGAGGAGCUGGACUUCCAGGGACGAGAGAAGACCCCAGAGCUCCCUACCUCAUGUGUGCACACAGAAUAUGCCACCAUUGUCUUCGCUGAAGGGCUGGGCGCCUCAACCUUAGGACGUAGGGGCUCAGCUGGCGGCCCUCAGGCAGGUCCCCGGCCUCCAAGGCAUGAGGAUGGACAUUGCUCUUGGCCACUUUGAGCAGAUUCUUCAGCCACCAGCCUCCUGUUGACCUCCCACAGAGAGCACCAGUCCGUUCCUCCACCAAGAGGAACAUGCAUGCAGGCUACAGUGCAGCGAAGGCUCCCAGGGCCUGAGCUGCCCGGAGUGUGCUGUUGAGGGGCAGUUCUCCUAAUGUUUACUACAAGGAAGGGGCGGCAGGCAUCCCUGUCCCCUAAUGUCAUAGAUGCAGAGCUGGCCUGAGCCUGUCUCCUGAAUCCUGUUGCUGGGCACUGCCAGGGGCUUGAGAUACUGUGGCCUAUGGCCUCUGGGAAUCCUGUGUCUGGAAAUGGAGGGACCUGAUUCCAGACUGACUUUGAGUAGCCCUGUGAGGCAACCUCAUGAAAGGAGGUCCAGGUAACCCAGCAGACAUACCCCCUAAAGCUACUCUUGAGGGAGACUCAGAUGGGAAAUUCACAGGCUAGGGGACCCAGGGUCCUUGAACAAAUCCCAAGACCUUGAGACGUUUUGGUAAAGACUAGAAAAGCUC